AGUAAUUUGCCAUCUAUCGUAUAAACAGCACCUAAAUGUUCAUACAAACAGGUGUACGCUCAUGUGAGGUAAGCUCCUCUCAUCACUCGCUCAUUAAUACAGGAUUACAUUCAUUCCCAAUCCCACACUCACACACAGUCCACGGGCUCCUCACGAAAGUACACACCCUGUCUGCCCGGGGCCGUCAAUGGUAGCAAGGCAGUCAGGUACCUGUGUGCCACCGGCUGGAGUCUGAGGAGUUUCCCCCCUGAUGGAGAGCUGCGGUUCAUCGGGCCGCUAACGGAGGCCUCGACCAGAGAACAGCUGGGAUUCCGUCCGACGAAAGCACACUGCGGCCUGGUCAACACAGCGUUCAUGGCGAUGUUUCCUUGGUCAGCUGUUUUCUCCCUGGAGCCUAAAGUGCCCGGCCAGCGCAGCUCGGAGGAGUUGGUAACCAACACCCUGAUGUUGGAGCUGGGGGCCAUGGUGAAGCGCACCGAGCGAAUCCGCCUGGAGCGGGCGACGGAGGGUCGCCGCCGCCGCCGCAGCUCCACCUCCUCCGCGGCCGACUACAGCUGGCUGGCCACCGCCCCGACCCCGCAGCCCUACGAGCUGACCCCCAACGACCUGCUGGAGCUGCAGGGCCUCUGUGUCAAGGUGCCGCCGGCACAGUGCGGCCCUCUGAUCGUCAGGUUCAGGCGGCUGGUGUCGGAGAUGGAGCCCGACGUGCACGAGGUGCCCCGAGUGUUUCGCUCGGUGCUGCGCGAGUGCACGGACGAGUCGAACGCAGGCGAGGACGCGCAGGCGCGAGCCGGGAGGCAGCAGCGCAGCAAGAGCCUCUCGCUCGUCACCUUCCGAAGCAAGUUCCGCACGGGUCAGCUGUUCGGGGGCGGCGGAACGAGGGGCUCCAGGGGCAACCUGGACCAGCAGGUGGACUGGUACGACGAGGAGGACGCCGAAGGUGGGGAGGAGGAGGAGGAGGAGGAGGCCAUCAAGGCCCGGGCGAGGAAGGGAAGGAGCAGGAGCAUGCCGGAGAUCAGCCCCGUGGAGCAGAGUGCCCAGGGGCGAAGAAGACAACAAAUACGAUGAAGAAGACGACGAGGACGAGAAAGAUCUUGAUCAUCAGCCAGCGGUUGGAGGAGACUGACUGGAAGUAUUUGAGGAUCUCCG